AUGAUCUAUUUUGAACGUCAAGCUUUUGAUGUAGCAAUGGGUCCUCGUGAAAAUAAUAACAACAAUCAUUAUGCAAUAAAAUUGGAAAAUUUAGAAAUAAAUGCUGGACCAGUAAUACUCAAAGCUAAUUUAUUUAGUUUUUUACCAUCACUUAAAUAUCUUAAAAUUCAAGUAGAUGAAACUUUACAAUAUGUCAGUCAAAUAUUGAAGAAUCUUAAAAAUUUAAAAACCCUAGAAAUUGUUGGUAAUAGAACUAUUGGUAUUUGUCAAAAUUUAUAUUCAAAAAAUAUACCAAAUUCGAUAAUUGACAUUCGUUAUUAUCAAAACAUGAAGAAUUGCAGGGCCAAUUUGGCCACAAUUUCAAAAACAAUGCAUUCAAUUAAAUUAAUGAAUUCGAAUGGAGCACUCUCGAUUAUUCAAAAUCAACAAGUACUAUUAUCACCAUCAUCAACUUAUAAAACGACAAGAUACUAUUCAAAUCAAGCAAGAAGACCAAAUUUUAUAUCACAAUUUUUAGAUAAUAUUGAUAGUGUAUAUGGACCUAUUUAUACACCAUUACAAAAAUUACGUAAACGUAAGGAAAUAAUUGAAGGUGAUGAAAAAAUAUAUGAAGUCAAUAAUGAUGCAACUGGUGUUGAGCUACAUAAAGAUUCAAAAUUUUAUAAAAAAUGGAAAAAUUUUAAAAAUAAUAAUCCAUAUGUUGAUAAGAUAUCAAUGGUAUCAAGAAAAAUUACUGAUAAUGUAACAGAUGUCAUGGGUGGUUUAUUUAAAAAAAGUGAAUUAUCAGAAACACUUACUGAAAUAUGUAAGACAAAUCCAAGCUUUGAUAGAAAUCAAUUUGUACAUGAUUGUCAAACAGAUAUUAUUCCAAAUAUAUUGGAAGCAGUGAUGAGAGGUGAAUUAGAAAUUUUAAAAGAUUGGUGUCAUGAAGCAGCAUACAAUACAAUUGCACAGCCACUUUUAGAAUAUAAAAAAUUAGGAUAUAAAUUGGAUAAUAAAAUUUUAGAUAUUGAUAAUGUUGACUUGUUGUUCGGCAGUAUUACGGAAGAAUGUGGACCUGUUUUGUUAAUUAGAUUUCAAACACAACAAGUAAUUUGUAUUAGAGAUGCUAAAAAUAAUGUUAUUGAAGGUGAUCCAGAUAAAGUUCUGAGGAUUUAUCAUACAUGGGUAUUGGGUCAUGAUAAUAGCGAAAUGAAUCCAAAAGCAGCAUGGAGAUUGUUAGAAUCUAAAUCAAGCGGUAAGGAACAAUUUGUCUAG